AUGAUCUCGAGAUCGUCUCUCGCCAAAAGCGCGCAGCAGGCCGUCCGUCGGCCCUGCAGCGUCCAGUCCUUGCAGCGCCGUGGGUUCGCUGCCGCUGCCGCGACGGGAGCCUUCGAGACGACGGAUGUGUCCGGGUUGAAGGUUGCUUCAAGGGAUGCUCAUGGUCCGACUACCAAACUGGCCAUUGUUGCCAAGGCUGGUACGCGAUACCAGCCACUACCCGGCUUGACUAACACCCAACGACGAUCUGCGCUCCGUAUCACUCGUGAAUCCGAACUUCUUGGCGGCCAAUUGAAUGCCUCUCAUACCAGAGAGGCUCUCGUCCUUGAGGCCAGCUUCCUCCGCGAGGAUCUACCUUACUUUGCCGAACUCCUCGCCGAAGUGGUCUCCAUGACCAAGUACACCACUCAUGAGUUCCACGAAGAUGUCGAGCGGGUUCUCCACCUCAAGCAGGCCGCACUCAACGCUAACGUUGCUGCUCUUGCCUUGGACAACGCUCACGCGGUUGCCUUCCACAAUGGCCUUGGUGCUUCAGUCUAUCCCUCGUCCCUAUCACCCGUCCAGAAGUAUCUCAACGAGGAGUACAUUGCUAGCUACGCCGAUGUCGUGUACUCUAAACCUAAUAUUGCCAUCGUCGCCGAUGGUGCCUCCACUGAUGCCCUAACCAACUGGGUCGGUCAGUUCUUCAAGGACGUGCCUGCCAAAUCUCUGAACGGCCAGACCCUCAAGGCUGAGGCUUCAAAGUACCACGGUGGUGAACAGCGAACAAGUCACCCUGGCGGCAACGCCAUGGUCAUUGCUUUCCCUGGAUCCGAUGCCUCUGGCUCCAAGCCCGAGAUUGCCGUUUUGGCUGCUCUGCUUGGUGGUCAGCCCACAAUCAAGUGGUCUCCUGGCUUCAGCCUGCUCUCCAAGGCUACCGCUGGAACAUCUGGUCUCUCUGUCUCUGCUUCCAACCUCGCUUACUCUGAUGCUGGUCUCUUGACCGUCCAGCUGUCCGGCACCGCUGCCUCUGUGCGCAAGGGUGCUGAGGAGACGGCCAAGGCCCUGAAGAGCAUUGCUGACGGCACCGUUAGCAAGGAGGACAUUACCAAGGCCGUUGCCAAUGCCAAGUUCGACAUUCUGGAGAAGGCUCAGCUGCGUUCACCUAGCCUUUUGCAGGCCGGGUCCGGCCUUGUCAAUAGCGGCAAGGCUUCCGAACUCGCCGCUCUCGCCAAGGGAAUUGAUGGCGUUACUGCUGAUAAACUGAAGACUGGCGAGAAACUAACGUCCAUUGUGCCGCAGGCUGCCAAGUCUCUCCUGGAUGGCAAGGCCACAGUUUCCACUGUCGGUGACUUGUUUGUGCUGCCGUAUGCUGAGGAGAUUGGUCUUCAGGUAUAA